AUGGCGUCUACGUUCUGGGUUCUGGGCUGUGCAAUGCUGGAUCAAGCCUCAUCCAUGACCCUGACGGCCCUUCGUCGGUGUCGUGCUGUCUUUGGCAUCUCGCCCGGGUCAACAAGCGAAGCAUGGUCGUUGACGGAUGCUACUCGGCCUUCAACAUCGCGUCCGAAGCACCUUCUCUGGUGCUUGAUGUUUUUGAAGGUCUACGCAUCCGAAAGCGUCCAUCGUUGCUUAUCACGUGCCGAUGAGAAGACAUUUCGCAAAUGGGUUUGGCUAUGGGUCGAUCUACUAGCCAACUUACGUGUGGUACUUGCAUUGUGUGGGAUCGACGGUUUGAACUCAGUCGUCCCCAUGAUCGAGCAUUCGUUUCAUUGGAUGGUACUGACUUUCGUAUCUGGGAACCAGUACCGUACGACCGCAAGUGGUAUUCCCACAAAUUUCAUGGAGCUGGGCUACGCUAUGAAGUCGGUGUGUGCAUGCGAACUGGCAACAUUGUCUGGGUCAAUAGAGGCGUACCAUGCGGCGAAUGGCCAGAUUUACGGCUUGCACGUGAUUCACAAUCCUCCGCGAGGGCCGACACUAGAACCAAAUGCCGCCAUGAUUGCAUCGGGAAGGGUGUUCAUGGGGCUAGUGGGCAACGUCUUCAACGUGCCCAAGGUCGUGGAACGGGGGUAUGGGGUAGCUAUCGUCGGGGGAACCGCCGACUUUGGGACAAUGUUGGGCGAGGACAUGGAGCGGGACAUCUUUCUCGGAGGGAUGCUGCCGCCUCAGUCGUGGUGGAAGGAGCCGACGUGGCUGUCGGCGUCCUCAUCGCUCUCGUUCGGGUCAACGUACAGACAGUUCUUGAGGUGGUACCCGAUUAGGUCUUCCCUCCCCAUAGCUCUUGCCUCGCCGUUGUCUCGAAAACUGCUGCUCAUGGUGUGUCUUGUGUCCCCACUCUUCAAUUUCUUGAAGUUGCAUUUCGGCAGCAGUCUAUUUAUUUUGAUCCUCACCACGACCGGCAUUUGGUCGUGGUGA